UUUGUAAAAAAAGAAAAAGUUAAAAUACCAACUGUGAUUUUAUCGAUAGUUUAAAAACGAAAGUGAAUUUGUGAUAAAUAUGCCGCGAAAGAAGCGUUCUGCAAGUCCCUUUGAACUAAUGGAUGACGAUUUUGAUGAUAACAGUUCUCAAAGUUCCCGCAACGGUAAUCCGCCCAUACAACGUAAUGCGGCCAAUGCUCGCGAAAGGGCACGUAUGCGCGUUCUAUCCAGUGCUUUUGGACGACUCAAAACGAAAUUACCAAACAUUCCAGCCGAUACUAAACUAUCCAAAUUGGAUACUUUACGUUUGGCCACAAUGUAUAUUAAACAAUUGAAAACUGUGGUAGAAGGAGGUUCCGCCUCACCAGCAACCAAUGGCGAAAGCCUGGAAGGUUCAUUAAACAUUAAUGGCAAUAAUGCAACAAAUUGUUAUUUAAAUUUAAAUACGGGAGUACAAAGUAUGAAUUGGCCAUUUGGUUUUCAUCAUCAUUUAUCAAAUUCCCCUCUGAUACGCUCCACAUCAUCAACGUCCUUGAUUAACAACACCAACAACAACAAUUCUUCUAACAAUAAUUGGAGUCAAACUGAUAGUCAUAAUGAAGAACAAUUAAAACCUCUACGUUACGAUAGUGAAAAUUACGAACGUCAUUCACAUCAACCACAAACAUCGUUAUAUAUGCAUCACACAACGUUGACUCAACAAAACAAUAAUCAUCAACAUAAUCAACACUGGUAUUCGGAGACACCAUCUCCAGAAUUAGAUUCAACCUCCAGUACUUGUUUGACAUUUGAAAACACGCAUCUCCAACAUCAGCCAGAACAUCAUCAUCAGCAGCAGCAACAACAACUGCACAACAAUCAGCAUCACCACCACCAUGACAAUUUAUCACAUUUACAAACUGCGUCUACACAUUCCUCCACAUUUCAACUGCAACAUGAUUUCCAUGAUCAUCAUCAUCACCACCAGCAUCAACAACAUCAGCCAUCACAGACACAUCAUUUGCAUCAAAAUGCUUUUGUAAAUACAUCAAAUUUUCAGUCAACUUCAAUACGUUAAGUUUUAGUAGUAGUACGUACAUACAUAUUU